AUGCUUCAUCUUACUGGAAAAAUUGCAAUCGUCAUUGGCCUCGGCCAGACAGAAUCCGACUCAGACCCAGACUGCUGGAGCAUUGGCGCUGCUUGCGCUGUGCAGCUUGCGCGACAAGGCGCCAUCAUAUUUGGCGGCAACCGGACAGUUUCUUCCACUUUAAAGACGCAAAAGACAAUCCAAGAUUUGGGCGGCCAAUGCCGCGUCCAGGCUACUGACGCUACCUCGUCCGACUCGGUCAAGGCCCUCGUCGACGCUUGUCUCGCUCGGCAUGGCCGCAUCGACAUCCUCAUCGCCAAUGUGGGAUACUCGCAGCCAGGCAACGCAGCCACGAUGACAGAAGACGUCUGGGACGCGCAAAUUAACGUCAACCUCAAAACGGCCUACCUCGCGUGCCACCACGUCCUCCCCGUCAUGGAGGCGCAGCCCGCGGGCGGCGCCAUCGUCUGCGUGUCGAGCAUCGCCGGCCUGCGCUACAUCGGCAAGGACCAGGUGGCGUACAACGCGGCCAAGGCGGGCCUCAUGCAGCUGGUCAAGGCCACGGCGGUGAGCUUCGCGGGAAGGGGCGUCCGCGUGAACUCAGUGGUCCCCGGGCUGGUCGAGACGCCGUACACGCGCACCAUGGCAGAGAGAUACCCGCCGCCGGGCGGUGGCGGGUACGAAGAGCUGAGGAGGCUCCGCGACGCGCAGGUGCCGACUGGUCGUAUGGGCACGGCGUGGGAUGUGGCCAAUGCCACUGCGUUUCUGGUGUCGGAUGAAGCGAAGUAUAUCACGGGACAAGAGUUGGUUGUGGAUGGUGGCAUUACUAGCUCAACAGGUAGAACUUGA